GCCGACCCAUUCACAAACGGUAUCAUUCCACUCGGUGGAGCUGCUAUGGGACGAAGACUAAUCUGUAUUAGUGAUUAAUAUGGAUUACUUUGCUGUUAUCCUUGUUGUUGCUGUUGUUGUUUCUGGAGGACAAGCAGGAACCAUCAAGAGAAACCAUGGCAACCAAGAACAGAUCUGUGCAACGACCUGCUUAGGAACUCGAAAAUUCAAUUAUGAAGUUGGUUCUUCCUAUGAAUAUGAUUACAAGGCACAAACCACGACAAAGAUGAAUGGAGCGUCCCAUGGAGGGGCCAGCUUUUCGUUGAAUGCCAGAGUCGUAUUUGAACCUGUGACAAAAUGUGACAUGGUCAUGACGCUCAAUAAUGUCCAGGUCACCAACAUGGACUAUGCUCCUGAAGGUCAACAGUUCAGCGACGCCCUCAUGAAGCAGGGAUUGAGGUUCUCGUUCCAGGACGGCAAGAUCGAAGAAGUUUGUCCGAUGUCAGAGGAAUCAACAUGGGUCCUUAACAUCAAACGUGGUAUUCUGUCAGCUUUCCAAAACUCCAUGGACGAUCUGGACAGAGAUGUCAACGUAACAGAGACCGAUGUUGUGGGCAAGUGUUUGACCGAGUACAAGGUGCAGGACACCUACAGGCGUACUAAGACCAUCCAUAAGAGCAAAGACCUCCUCAGUUGCAGUGACCGAGAGUACUACCGCAUUGCCAUGAAUUCAGUCAAAUACAAUGUCCACUCUAAAGUACGAUCCAUGCCUCUAAUGAAGAGCUACCACAAUUGCGUCCAGACACUGGACAUGCACGACAAUAUUCUGACCAAGAGCGAAUGUACUGAGGAAAAUAUAUUCAGGCCAUUCUCGAAUGGCAAGAGCGGUGCCAUGACAGAACAGACGCAGAAGUUGACUUUUAGAGAAAAGAGUUCGUCAAAUUAUCGACAGACAGAACGGUUCAGCCACAGAAGUGAUUUACUGUUCGACCACAAAGAGACGAUGUAUUCAGACCAACUCCCCACACAAGAGAUUCUGAGUGUCUUUGAGGAACUCUGCGACAAAAUGAGUGAAGACAUAAGGCCCGAACUGCCGAAAAUGCUCAACAACUUGAUCGACCUCAUGAAAAGUGUUGAUUAUGCGACUCUUCGCAGAAUUUACAGUGACAUUUCAAGAGAAGGUUUCUGUCGGAAAAAUUCAGACCGCACCAAGAGAUAUUUCCGUGACUCUCUACCAAUGUUAGGAACUGUGGCAUCCGUGAAGAUGUUCCAAUAUCUGACUUCAAUAAAUCAAUUCGAAGACGAAGACAUAGUUAUAUUUCUAGCAGUCCUCUCGGUCACCCAGAACCCAUCGAAGGAAAUGGUCGAAGCAGUCACUCCCCUCUUGGAUAACAAGAAAAUAUCUCACAAAGUCAUGCUGUCCAUUUCAUCUAUGGCUGCCAGCUAUUGUAACAAGAAUCCAAAAUGUGCUGAAGAUUUCGAAAUUGGUGCUCUUAUCCAGAAAUACAUGUCGUUUGUUGGUGAUUGUGACAAAGAUGCUAAUCCGCAUGUAAUCCAGGCUCUUCGGUCUCUUGGUAAUAUUGGUUUUUCAAGUAAGGCUGAACGCACAUUGUCCAAAUGUGUGACAACAACCAGCUUUCCAAUGGAAGUUAGAGUGUCAGCCAUCGAUGCCUUCCGUCGUAUACCUUGUGAUGCAAGGCGCUCUGCCCUGAUGGAAGUCUUUGUCAACACUGAGGAAGACUCUGAACUCCGUAUCAACGCUUAUCUUGGCCUCAUGAAAUGUCCAAGCCGAAUGCUUCUCAGACAAAUACAUGAAAUGCUGGUGAUAGGGAAUUCAAACCAAGUUGGAUCAUUCAUUUGGUCACAUUUAAAAAACUUGAGACAAACUUCUGACCCGCAUUUGCAGCAUAUCCGAUCAUUCCUCGAAUCAGAAGGGGUAGUUAAACAGUUUAAUCUUGACAAACGCAAGUUCUCCCGCAACUACGGAGGAUCGUUCUUCUCCAAAGACAUGAAUGCCGGAGCUAAAUUGGACAGUAACGUCAUCUUUUCCCCCAAAUCUUUUAUCCCGCGUUCGGCUAAUCUCAAUUUGACUCUUGACCUCUUUGGGCAUGCCAUCAACAUUCUUGAAGUCGGUGGACGUUUAGAAGGCUUUGAAAGAGACAUGGAACACAUGUGGUCAUCUCAUCGCAUGACAAAUGCGGAACCUUACCGAAAUGGCAAGUCCCACAUGUACCUGAGAUUUUUCGGCAAUGAGAUUUUCUAUGGAGAUACCAGACGCUCGUUUUUAUUCUUCAGAUGGCCUUACUUCUUAACUCUCUUCAAGACAAUGCAAAUCGUUAACAGUCAGGUGAAAUAUCCGACAGCCAUUGGUUUCCCUCUUGAGAUGAAUGUCAAAGCCACUGCUGCAAUCAAUAAUAAUGAUCAGACAAAAUGGAAGCAGAACGGUCUCGAUUUAGCAAUUAAAUUUAGUGCUGUCAUUGAAGUGACCGGAGAUAUGACAGUUGAUGCUCACCUCACAAGAAUGGGCCUGAAGAUGGUAAAUAUGGCCCAUACAAGCACUGGCGUGGAAUUCAGAUCAGACUAUAAAGAAAUCACAGUAAAAUUCCCAAAGGAUAUCAUAGAAUAUGCGAAUAUAAAGACCGAUUUCUACACAGUGACAGGAGAAAAUGAGAUAAAACUUGAAUUAAUAACAGACAACGUCCAGAAGUCAAAGGUGUGCACUGACAAAAGUGUGGAACAUCUUCUGGGCCUGAAGUUUUGUCAGGAGAUCCGAUACACCAAUGCUUCGCAGCUGAAAGAUGCACCGUACUUUCCGUUCACGGGACCAGCUCAUUACAGUUACUAUAUGGAGAAUGUCGAUGUGCCGAAAGGCUAUAAUCUUACAAUACUCCAGGAUUAUCCAAACCACACUGUUCAGUUUGAGACUGAGGGAUCGAAUUCACCCAGGAGACUCAUCGUCACAGGAGCAAAAAACAGAUGUACCUUCUAUGCGGAAACUCCUUGGCGGAAUAUGAAAUUUAGGGCAUAUAUCACUGGGAAAUCCAGAAACCUAACCAGUAGAGUAACCCUCAAUCUUGAUAAGCGCUUGGAGUACAACUUUGACCACAAUUGGCUGGUUGAGUAUUUUCCACAAGGGUUCAAAUGGACAAACAACCUCAGGGCAAAGGGCCCAGAACAUAGUGGAGAGCUGAAGUCAUCGCUGGAGGUCACGGCUGGAGAGCGAGUGGACGUGGAAGCGAGUGCGACCAGCUCGAAAUUCAAACCAAUAGUAGCAUCAUUGAAUCUUCGAAACGAUAAAAAGAGUAUAGAUGCCACUGGCAUGUUCAAAAACGGCCCAGGGGAAUACACUCUCAGUUUGAAUAUAUCAAAGGAAGUAAAACACAAUGCCCAUCACUUUCAACCAAAAUUGAAGAUCACAGCACUGAAAAAGCUCGUCAUGGACGUCGAUUCGCAACUAGUCGUUUCUCAAAAGGGAAAAAUAUCGUUGGUUUUCAAACUGUAUAAAAUGAAAAUGAAACCAUUUGUCAUAAGUAAACCUGUCCUUUUGAACGUUGCAAUGAGCCGAUCCAACCGUGGACGUCAAGGAGGAUUUGAUGGGAAGAUUGGUUACAAGUCUGGAAUUGGUAAUGCUCGGAUGGUCUUUAAACUAGGAAGACUGAGUCGCGUGGUUUUGCUGUACAACUUUGGAUCCAGACACAAUGACCACAUUGUCGUCUCAUCCAAAGGACAGGAACAACGCCUCAAGAACUCUGUAACCUACAUAUACAGCAUAGACGUGACCAGUAAGAAACGGCCAGUCCUGAACUUCAAUGUCAAAGGUCGUACCGUGAAGGGCAUCGGAAAACUAUCAACUUCUUUCGUCGCUGUUUACACAAAUCCGUCUUCCAGAGAGAAGCGGGGCAACAACUUGAAGUUCAACACCCUCCUCACUUAUGCUUCAGCAGGAGUCACCCGUAAAUACGAUUAUAUACUCAGUGUGGUUGACUCAAAGAAGGAUAUUAAUUUCCAAGUGAAGUCCAAACAUUCUCACAUCCAUUCAUGGCCACCGAAGAAAAUUGAAAAUAAUUUUAUGAUACAAGUCUCUCCGAGAUCUGUGAUCAAAACUGAAAUGUACGUCAGCAACAUCAUGACUAAAGGACGAAGGAAUUCCAUUGCCAAACUUUCCUACGAUUACAAUGGAGAAAGAAUGGAAUUAAACGAGGAGUUAAACCAAAUAAGCGGUAACGCUUAUAAAAACAAAAUAUACGUACAAUGGGCGACGGGACGUAUGGUGACACUAAAAACAUCGUUGAAGAAUAACCCCAAAGUUAUGUUUGUUGAAAACACCCUCGGGUUACCAAAUCAACGAGAAGCCAAACUGACCACCACUGUGAAUAAGGCGCACCGGGACUACGGAGCGACGAUUGAAUUUCAUGCUGAUAAAGAAAUCAUCCCUACAAAAGAAGACAUCGACUGGAAAGCUGUGUCGACUAUUAAAUAUAACAUAAAGAGAUAUGAAGCGUCUAUGGAUACGACUUUGUUGUUAGAAUGGGCUUCUGACAAAAGAAUACGUGCCGCCGUAUCGUUUGACGGCGCGGACCGGGGCAAGUCGACUGCAAAGAUUAGUAUAACGACUCCAUUUAAAGUUAUUCAGAGCUACAGUGAAUCACUGGAAUAUGAAGUAAGUAAUAGAAAAUAUACGUAUUCAGCAAAUACCAAGUGGAAGUCAUACAACAAGGAGAACAAAUGGACAGAAAAGUUAAUAUUAAAUUACGAUAACAACGAAUAUUACUACAAAUAUCGUCAAGACUAUGGCAAUAAGAUAACUGAAGUUGAAACAUCUUGGAAUUUCAAAGACUACCAGAAGAGUAUGAUAUUUCUGCUGAAGUACGAUAACCGACCAUUCAUUGAUAUGAAGGUGACACAUAGCAAGGACAGACAGCAAAUGAACCUCGAUAGUUCUUUUGCUUUUGAUAUGUUUGACAAAGGUGGAAAGUUCACGACUGCAUUUCACAGUGAUUACAGGGAAACGACAUUGAGCGGAGAUUUUGAACACGAAUAUCCUAACUAUUAUAACGAACGCGUCCAGGUUGGAGGGUCGUACAAAAUGAAACAUAACAAUGACGUAUCUUCAGUGCUUCUUCAGUACACGAAUGUCAACUCCCAAAAGAGUAAAAUAUCUGUAGAACUCAAUAAGGAUUUACCGAGGAAUCUGAAGGGCAAGGUAUAUAUUCUACAUGAUGACAGACAGCUGCUGAAAAUGGAUGCUGACUACACAAGAACAAACGACAACUUUGACAUGAACGUCGAUUUGACUGGUUCAAAUUCUAAAAAGAUGACUGCCUCUGCUAAUGUCAAUUUAUCCGGUCGAAGGAAGACAUCUCAUGCUGAAAUUAGAACCGAUUCGAUGGAUGUUUCAGUCGAUGGGGCCAUUGAAUAUCAUACUGACCAUAUGGAUGGCGAAAUUCGUAUAGGGUCCGGAGGAAAAGAUCUUUUAUUAUCCGGCAACUAUAAACGAGAUUCUCCCAACCACAAGGUAAGCGUUAAUUUGGGUCUUCCUAACAGCAAGCACAUAAAAGCCAUCGCUACUUUCAAGGAUGGAGCCCAAAAAACACUUUCUUUCAAUGUGGAUAGUCCUGAUUUUCCUUCCCUUACGAAAAUACAAACCGAUAUUUCCUAUCUCUCUGACUAUAAAGGAAUUACAAUAAGUUCCUCAGGCGCAGUAAUGCCGUAUUUAGAAAAGUCUCACUUUCACUUGUAUCUUCCAAAGACAUUAUUGUACGGUAGCUGGACAGAUCCCCGGAACGAUUUCAGCUUGGAACUUUCAUUGAAAUCUACUCCCCGUUUCAACUCUGAUUUCUUAUUUCAUUACGACCACAUGUCAAAAGUUCAGUGGGAAAUGUCUGUUGCAGAUUUCAAUGGCGAGUUACUACUGUCUUCAGACAAAUCACUGCUGAAAGGUAAAUUCCAGAAUGCUGUUGAUCUGAGCAUUUCUUAUCAACCACGUGAAAUAGAUGCAAAGCUCAAUUUGAAGACUCGCCGUGCAAAGGUGAAUAUUGAGAUCGAGCCGAAGAAAAAUAAUUAUAAAGCUGAUUUAACAUUCAUGCACAAGCGGAAAGAGGUGUCUAUUGGAGGAUCGUAUGAAGUUGCCGGUCGGAAACAGAUUAUUAAGGCAAACCUGAAGACUCCUUCAUUUGAGGAAAAUCUGUUUAUUACUGUCUCUGGCAAACAAAGGAAGUUCAAAGUCAUGGCCAAGCUACAGCAAAACAACAUCGCAUUGGAACUGUCAGCAUCUAACAAUGGUAAAUCUGUGGACAUGAACCUGUUUUUCCCGAAAGGGAAAGCAAGACUAAAUUUCGAAGGUGAAUUGCAAAGGUUUAAGGCUUUCACCAGCGUAACUAUUGACAACAAAGAGUACAAGUUCGACCUUUCCAAUCAGAACAAUCUGGAAGGUGUUUUAGCUGAAAUUACAACACCACAAUUUGGAACUACUGAAUUAAGGUUUGAUUUCAACGCAGAGAAACCACGGUUAAAAGCUAGUAUUACGCUUCCAAAUCAACAUUACGGAAUCACUGCUUAUCCGAACAGAAACGGUUUCAUUACUGAAUUUGACUUGCAUUUCGAUCGUGUUCAAAAACAUAAACAGCUUAAACUUAUGAUGUCAUAUGUAAAUGUAGACGACAGGCGAACAUUCUUCAGACAGAUGAGUGUAAAACUUAGCGAUGAAUACACCACUUACACUGCAAACCUUCAUCUGAAGGCAACAUAUGGUUUAUAUUUAGUAAUGAGCGAAUUUUCAUGGGGAGACAGGGAAGACCAGAAAGUUGGUGCGGAACUUCAGAUAAAGCAUUCCGACAAAAAAGAAGUUUUACUGAUUCUGACGACGCCCAGACGGAACAGCAAGGUGGCAGCCAGCUUAGAAUAUAGACAGAACCAACACACGGCCAUGUUCACCGUAGUGCCUGAUACUAGUAAAGGAAAUGAGAAGUUUGAACUCGUUGCCUUCAUCUCCGGAGGUCAUAACAGAAUGCACAUGGACAUGACCAUCAGAUUGCCCAAACACAGGAACGACUGGCGGAUAAAAAGCACAUUCAGUGGACUCGACCGAAACACUUUGUUCCGCUGGAAAACUGAGUUUAGCUUCGAUGAAGAUCGCAGCAACACCGUUAACUUUGAAUUAACGAGUUACUUCAUUAAAGGAAACAACACUUUGGAAUUUGCCGUUACACAUCCUUACUCCAAUCUGGACUUGAAACUAGCGGCCUUCACCAGUGAAAGUCCAGGGAUAAAUUUGGUUGGAAUGCGUAUGAACUAUCAGAGUAAUAGGUAUGCAAAGCAGGAGUAUUUGAUGUGGGCUACAAAGGACAGAGCACGAAGGGAGGUCAAACUGAGGUUUGAAAAGCCAGAUCUGCAGAUGGAAUAUACAGGGCGUUUGAAUUUACAACAGAAAUUCAUUAGUGUUGAAUUAGACAAGGAGAGAAAUGGCAAAAGAGAAAUGAUUCUGUCAGCCACUGGCAAGAGAUAUAACAAUGAAAUGUCCAUGAACAUCGCGUAUAACACAGAAGACCCUAACAAGAAAGUCGAAUUUGACGCCAAACUGAAGGACGAGAAAUUCAUGUUACAGAUUUAUCGUAUGGGAACAGCUUACUGGAACAGAGGAAACGAUUUCUCACUCACCAUUGAAAAGAGGCCCAUGUCUGUGGUGUUUUUCAGUUUCUUGUGGAACCCUUCGGUCACGACUGACAUCAAAGAAUACAUCACAUCGCAAAUGCGUACAUUUGGACAGAAAGUUCAAGAUAGAACUGAAAGAGCUGUCGAGAAAAUAAACCAGGAAUUUGUCAAAGUUAUGGACGUGCUCUCGGAAGAUUUCGAACCUGUUAUUGAGUAUUUCGGUAACGAACUGAUAGACAUUAAAUCACAAGCUUACGCCUACCUGAGAAAAGUCACAGAAUCUAAAUACUACAAAGUCGCCCGCACCUAUGCCAGACUUGCCUGGGAUGAAUUCUGGGAUUUGUAUGAAGUUGCUGUGAAGGAACUUGAGAAAGAGAUGGAAUACUGGCAGCAAGUUGUAUCUCAUUGGAUGGUGAAACUUCAAGUAAUAGUGGACAGUUACAUUGAAGAGGCCGAAGAAAUCUACUCUAUAUUCGAGCAAUACUUGAUCGAUAUAGGUGAUCUGAUCGAGGAAUACUACAACCUUGCCAUCGAUUACCUCUCCUUUCUGCAAGACGGCAUCAACUUACAUAUCGGUGAAUUCUUCACCAUUAUAAGAGACUAUGUAUAUGAAAUCUCUGAAUCUCUCGACAAUGCUUUCUACAAAAUGUCGCAUGUAUUUUCCUCGGAUGACCAAAGCACAGUUUACAGGUUACUGAAGUUUCCCAAGGAUGCCUUCAAAGAGUUGCUAUGGGCCCUGGAAUACUGGAGACCAUCCAAAAUUCUAAUAUCAUUCAACAACAUGAUUUUCGACUACUUGAGAUAUAAAAUAAACUACAUCAAAGACUCAUUUAUUCAGCCGAGUCUCAGCUACAUGGAAUUUGAUCCGACCAAAGGAGUUUUCAUGGCACUCAUAGAUGACAGACCAGCAAAGUUACUCAAAAAGAUUUCAGAAUAUUCUUCAAGGGCCCUAUGGAAUAUGAUCCUUCUAAGGGACAGUGGAUUUGUGUACACCAGUGACUGGGGUUUUUUCGAUACUUAUUACGACAUAAAACCAAGUUCCGAUGUUAAUAACUGGUUGCCGCCUUUCAAAGCCCAAGCCAGCUUCUUCAAAGACAGACAUGUAACCACAUUCGACGGAUACUAUUAUAAUUUCCAAGGAUCUUGUGGUUAUACGUUGGCAGAGGUGAAAAAGAACUUCAAGGUGGUCGCCAAGUUUGAUGAGUAUCAGAAAAAUAUGACAUACAUAACGAUCACAGACUCACAGUCAAAUGUUUAUACUAUUUACUCCGAUGGCAAGGUCACUGCUGCAGGCUCUGUUGUUCGGCUGCCGUUCAAUAAAUAUUACACACAAAUUUACCGAGAAGGAGACACUUAUAUCCUUGAAAACAAACGAGGCUACAACAUCAGGUUCAACCCUAGGAUUGAACUCGUCACCCUCGAGGUCAGUGGGUGGUUCUUCAGUCGAGUCAGAGGUUUGUUCGGUUCAUACAACAACGAACAAUUCGAUGACAUGGUUCCGAAUAAUAUGCGGCAUAGAGGUGGCCUGGGAGAAUUUGUCAAUUCUUGGACAGAGGAAAGAGACUGCAGAUACAGAGAUGUUGCAAUUCCUCACAGGGUGAAGGACAACUUCCUUUGUUCGGAAAUAUUCUUGGAAUCUCUUUCACCGUUCCGACAUUGCUUUAAACAGGUGUCAUCAGAGCCUUUCUACCACAUGUGUGCCUUAGAAGUGGACGAGCGGUCACCCGUCAACACCGUUUGCAAUGUUUCAAUGUAUUACAUUGACCAAUGUUCCUAUAAAAAUGUUCCGGUCACACUGCCAAAAAUGUGUUAUGGUGGAAGUUAUUAAUCUGAAUUUGGACUUUCCUCAAGAGAGAAGAUGAACAUCAAUUUUUUCCAAAUAAAAAACGAUUAGAAACAAAUUUUAAUAAAAGUUCCAAUGAAACUCCA